AUGAGACUGAACAAGCCGCAGAUUAGGAUAGUAACAAGUGCUAUCACAGGACACGGCACCUUUAACAAACAUUUAUUUACUAUAGGUGUUACAGAUAGUCCCCUGUGCAGGGCAUGUAUGGGGGAGGAAGAAACGGCGGCCCACGUGCUACUGAAAUGUCCGGAGGUCGCUACAUACAGGGCUAAACAUCUCGGCACGCCGGGAUCACUCUCCGAAGUUGCAUGCAACAUCAAGGGCCUGUUGAGCUUCUUCGGAGAGAUCUCAUGGCUCGAAUAA